GUUCACAAGCAGAAGAUAGAACUAGAGAGUUUAGAGUUGCUUUCUGGGACCACAACUCUAAGAGGAAUCAUUUGCGUACUGAAUAUUUGUUUUGAUAAGAUGGUCUAUGUACGUACCUCUUUAGAUUCAUGGAAAAGUCAUUUUGAUCUGUUGGCAGAGUACGUACCUGGGUCAAACAAUGGUGGGACGGAUUUUUUCUCCUUCAAACUCACAUUAGUACCCCCAUUUGGAGAAGAGGGCACUAGGGUCGACUUCUGUUUGCGAUAUGAAACAUCUUUAGGCACUUUUUGGGCAAAUAACAAUGAAAAUAACUACUCUCUGUUUUGUUGUGAAAAAUUAAAGGAGAAAUCCCAAAAUGAAAGUGAAAACAGAAGAAAAAGCUGUCUGAAAACAACCAGCCCAGAUGUCUCUGCUUUGACUGUUGCAGCAACAAAUAAGGAAGAAUUUCCUGUUAUAAAUCUAAAUUCUGGAUCUCUAAAUGAAAACUCUAAGAAACUUGAAAAGGAAAGCAAGGAAUUAGUGGAGGAAAUAAGCAGAAACCGCAGCCGAAGAAGCAGAAGAAAGACUGCACGAUUAGCAAAGGUUAAGGAGCACUUUGCUAAGAGGGAAGAAGAAAAUAAAAGCGAUGGCAAGCCAAAAGAGAAUGUGAGUUUAAAAACUAAUUCAGAGCCUCAGCUGUGCUCCCAUGGCUUCACAUUUGGGACCAUUGUAGCCCCACUUUAUUAUCAGGUUUUUAAAAACAUGGAAACAGAGAGACAAGACUUCUUUCCAAAACCAUUGGAUAGGUCAUUUAGGGAACUGGAGGAUGAGAGUCAAAGAGCGGUCAAAGCCCACGAGACCCCAGACAUUUGGCCAGAGUCUUGCAUAUUUACAAAACAGACAGUACAUGAUAUUAGUGUUGGCAUCUGCAAUGAAUCAGCAGAACAGAACCCACAACAUACAGUAAACCCAACCAAAACUCUUUCUGAGCCAAUUCAGUGUAAACAUGUUGAGAAGGCAGAAGCUUCUUACAAUCAAAACUAUUAUACCGGUGGUAUCCGAGAGUACCCAAGAGACAUCAAAUUUACUGAAACAAACCUUCCAAAAGUUACAUCCAGGCAGCCAAAUCCUCCACUUGGAGAAGUUUCAACAGUGUGCACACAAGUUUUCACUGAAUGCUUGUUCCAGGAUGAUUCUUGCCAAAGUUUAUGUUUAUUUCCCCUACAAGGACCAGAACUUUUAGCCACUACAAAUGAAACAAUAGAGUCAGGUAUUGACAGCCUACCUGAACAGAUCCAUCCUUCAUUACCCAUAGAGGUUUUCAAAACUUCAUGUUUGGAUAAUCAGAGGUCCUUUAUAAAAACUGAAAAGUCACAAAACCAGGAAGACCCUACAAAUAUCUACACCAAAGAGGAAAAUAUAUCAGUGCAAACAGAAUAUUCAAUCAGCACCUCUUGCAUUCUUGCCCAAUCUCCAGAUGACCCCACAAGGAUCAGCUUGGGUUCCUCUGAUGAUAAAUUAGAGUCUGACUGGUGUGAGAUGAGAUCGAGCAUUGAAAAACUUUCUCAUUUAGCAAUAGCAACAACUAUGCCAAUAGAACCAUAUACAGAAUUGGAGAACACACAGAUAAAUAUGAGCAAUACUUUGGAGAGCUGCCAAAUUAAUGAAAAGAAGGAACAAAUGCUCAUGGGUUUUUCUACACAGACUUCAGAGAUGGAGAGCUCCAGUAUUAUUAAUUUUGAUGGAGAAUGUAACACAUCAGUGAUUAAAGAGAUAGAAGAAAUUCACAAAAGCCUGGAAGAGCAAGAAAAGGGAAAUGGAAAUCAAAUUAAGCAGAUGGAGAAGCAGAAACAAGACAAAGAGGAG